GGGCUUCAGUUCCCGGCGGCCCUCGCGGCAGGUUCCGGGCGUAAAGGCGCUUCGCGAUGGCGGGGGCUGGUUCUGCCGCUGUGUCGGGGGCAGGGACCCCGGUGGCGGGGCCUGCAGGCCGAGAUAUCUUCGCCGAGGGGCUCCUCGAGUUCCUGCGACCGGCUGUGCAGCAGCUCGACUCUCACGUCCACGCCGUCAGAGAGAGCCAGGUAGAGCUCCGGGAACAAAUUGACAACCUAGCUACCGAACUGUGCCGUAUCAAUGAGGAUCAGAAAGUGGCCCUGGAUCUUGACCCCUAUGUGAAGAAGCUACUUAAUGCCCGGCGACGAGUUGUCUUGGUUAACAACAUUCUACAGAAUGCCCAGGAACGGCUGAGGCGGCUAAACCACAGUGUUGCCAAGGAAACAGCCCGCAGGAGGGCGAUGCUGGAUUCAGGAGUUUACCCCCCUGGUUCCCCAAGCAAGUAACAGGCCAGAAGAUGGGCCCAUGGCCUUAGAAUAGCACAAGUAAUAUUCCCCAGCUGCCUUGUUUCCUCCAGGACUCACUUAAACCUUGGGACAUCAAAAAGGCAGCCCUGUGGCUUGUGUUUGAAGCACUUAAGUCUGACCCAUUUAUGUGGGGCCCCAAAGGAGCCUGUGUACAGCAGGACUCAGGAUCUCAAAGGAUUUCUUAUGGCUCUUGCUUCCUUCCAAGAAUGAGCUGAGGCCUCUACAUUUGAUUUUUUUUUAAAGCUUCAUAUUCAAGGCCCACCUCCUCUACUUUCUUGAAGCCUAGUUAACCAGGGAGGGGUUUGCUCUGUUACAUGUGUGGUUGUUGAGGGCCUGGGCAGCACUUCCGCUACCUGUGACUCCUUGUUUCCCUUUGUUUACACUGAAGAUUUGAGAGGGCAAAGUCAAGGUGAAUGACCCAUCUACCCUCUUGUUGAUUGCACUUGCUUGAAUACAGUAGCAGUGUUGCUAGAACCAUUUAAUUCAAUAAAUGCUUAAACAGUAUUCUAGUUUACUCUGGUA